AUGAGAUCUUCUAUACUUGAUUCAGAUUAUGUCCAGGUCACCUUUUCGGGAUUCCUGUUGGGUCUAACGAUAACUAGCGCCGUGAUCUACGUCGUCUAUCAGAGGUUCCUUCAUCCCCUGGCUGCUUAUCCGGGCCCAUUUUGGGCAUCUAUCACGGAUCUGUGGCAGGUCAACCAGUUCCUGUCUUUGAAGCAGCCUUACAACUUGACCGAGCUUCACGAAAAGUAUGGCGAGUUCGUGCGAUAUGGACCGGAUAAGUUGAGCAUCACCGCCGAAGAGGUCGUCCCGCUGGUCUAUCAAAAGGGUGGCCAGCGGAUGCCCAAGACGGAGUACUACGAUGCAUUCGGCUCCAAGACACCGAACAUCUUUGGCAUGAGAUCCACAGAGGUGCGAAACUUCUCCAUCACCAGCGUGAAGGGCAUGGAAGAGUACUUGGAUCAAAACAUUAAGAUACUUCGUGAUAAGAUCUCACAAUUCGCAAAGACCGGAGAGGCUUUUGAUCUCAAGAAACUCUUGCACUUCUACACCAUUGACGUGCUCGGCGAGCUAGCCUUCAGUCGCUCUUUCGGGGUUCAGGUCUCAGGCGAUGAGUCUCGUGUACCGCCCGUCAUCCCGCAUACGCUUCUAGGCUCGACCCUAGGAGCGUGGCCGGCCAUGACACAAACCCUCAAGCAGUGGCUUCCCAAAGUACCAAACACCGGCCUGCAGAGUCUGUUUGCAGGCCGAACCAAGUGCGCUGGGCUGGCGGCUGAGUGCGUUCAGAGGAGAUUGACGGAAGUAGAAGAAGACGAGAAUAAGGGCAAGGUGCAGAGAAAAGACAUUUUGACUAGUCUCAUCUUGGCCAGACAUCCCGACACCGGAGAGAAGAUUGCGAGGGUUGAUCUGGAGGCCGAGGCAUUCGGAAUGAUGUAG